GGUGGGUGAAAGUUAGACAGAAGGGGGGAGUGUCCAGAGUAGUGUGGGACACACACACCCACCCACCCACACACACACACAUAAACACAUAGACAGUGACCAGUGGAGAAGCAGCACAGGCUGUGUGGGAGUGAGAUGGAGAGUGUGUGUGUUUGAGAGUGGAAGUGUGUGGGAAGGCAAUGAGCCCACAGCUCCAUCUCAGCACGUACUCGGAGGAGUUCAGCCCCACCGGCCGCUGGAGAGCCUCUCAGCCCAGCCGACCCAGACCCUCCUCCGCUCACCGCCGGAACAACCCGCACCCUCGACCGGACUUCCUGUUUCCCCGGAAACUACAAACUGGAUGGGGGACUCGACCUCCUCAGCAGGUGAUGGUGCCACUGACACUAAUGAGCCCGUUGGCACAGGUGGCACAGGUGGCACCUCUUUUCCCCCCUGUCAGGCACAUCUCAGUGCAGUGCCCAGAGGAAAUGCCUGCACACCCACAGGCCAAGCAGAAGGCAGCAGAGAAAGAGGCGCCACUGAAAGUCACCUUGCACUCCCCUAAAGUGUGUGUGCUGCCCCCUGCUGACUGGCUGAGUAAAGUACAGUUCGUAGACACCCCUGUCAGGGAGAAACAACCUCCAACUUCCCUUCAGAGGAAGCAGGGGAGAUUCUCAGGAAAGGAUGCCCAGAGACGGGGGCAGGUAAUUGACUCCCACAUCACCUCCGCACUGCAGACCGUUAGACCCCCCGCCCACCUCAGCCGAUCCAACUCCAAGGCCACCUCAGACUCCAGUGGAGGACACAGCUGUUUUCAUGUGGUGAAACCAUUCAAGGCCGGUUUCUACAUCAUUCACCCUGAGUUUGUGUCGGAGUAUCAGCGUUGAGCCUGUCCCGGGUGUUGGCCUACUGGUUUGAUGAACUGUGCUGGGAAGUUACCUCAGGAUCUCAGAAAUGGAAUAGGUUUCAAUGGAUUUUUUUUGUAAAAUGUAUUCAUUCUAAAAAAAGAAAAAUGAAUCAUACGAAUUUGAAAUAGGUAAACGUUGCCUUGUGAUUUUUAUGUGUGUUUUGUCUGAGUCUGUUUUGAUUUUCCCGUUGAAAUAAACACAGUUGCUGUGACGCACACACCUUCAA